UCGUUCGAACCCUGUCGUCCUCGCUCCUUCUCUGCAAAUCCAAACUCCUCCAUGCCGUCUUUCUUUCUCUCCGAUCUGUCCUUAACCCUAUUUGAAGCUUCCCCUUCACUAUCUCCCUCUUCAUAACUUCUCCAUUAGCUACAAACUCCAGUUUCGCCUUUUCUCGAUUUUCCUGUCUCGGAAUCACUGUUAACCCAUCCUUUUCUGUUAGUCUCUCACCUACUCGAAUCACUGUUUCUGUGAUUUUCCGGUUCACUUCUGCAUCUUCUGCGAUUUCUAGGGUAGUUUAAAGUCAUGGCAACUCUGAAAGACCUUCUUCCUGCUGUUAAGUCAACCACUGUAACACACUAUGAUCAUUCAAAUGAUCCAUGGUUCAAGCAGCGGUUUAGUUCCUUAGAAACAGAGCAAGCUUCUGUUGUCAAGGCGAAUCCGGUGCCGCCUUACAUGAAGCGUGGGGGAUUUGUUCCAAGGAGAGUUGAGGAUUUCGGUGAUGGUGGUGCUUUUCCAGAGAUUCACAUUGCUCAAUACCCACUUGAUAUGGGUAGAGAUAGAUCGUCGAAGCCUGGAACGAAGAUCCUUCCUGUUACGGUUGAUGCGCAUGGAAAUGUUGCGUAUGAUGCUAUUGUCAAGCAGAAUGAGAAUUCUAGGAAGAUUGUGUAUUCGCAACAUAAAGAUCUUAUUCCGAAGUUUUUGAAAAAUGAUGAAGUGAGUGAUGAAGAUGAUGAGUUGCAGAAAGAGAUUGAAGAAACAACUGAGGAAACGAAAUCUGCACUUGAGAAGAUAGUAAAUGUAAGAUUGAGUGCAGCACAGCCCAAGAAUGUAACCAAACAAUCAAUGGAUUCGAAGUUUAUCAAGUAUAAGCCGUCUCAGCAAUCGGCUGCGUUUAAUUCGGGCGCCAAGGAGAGAAUAAUUAGAAUGGUGGAGAUGCCUGUAGAUCCGAUUGAGCCUCCGAAGUUCAAGCACAAACGUGUUCCUAAAGCUUCGGGGUCUCCUCCGGUGCCUGUUAUGCAUUCUCCUCCACGUCCCGUCACGGUGAAGGAUCAACAGGAUUGGAAGAUUCCACCUUGUAUUUCAAAUUGGAAGAAUCCAAAAGGGUAUACAAUUCCACUUGACAAGCGCCUUGCAGCUGAUGGGAGAGGCCUUCAAGAAGUUCAAAUCAAUGAUAACUUUGCAAAGCUAUCAGAAGCACUGUAUGUUGCAGAACAGAAAGCUAGAGAAGCAGUUGCUAUGAGAUCUAAGGUUCAGAAAGAAAUGCUUAUGAAACAAAAGGAGAAGAAGGAGUUGGAGCUUCGAGCAUUGGCUCAGAAAGCUCGGUCUGAGAGAACCGGAGCUGCACCUCCUUCUGUUCAUUAUUCAUCUGAGAGGGACGCAGUAGAUACUUCUGAGAUGAAAGGGGACUUCGAACGUGUCAGAGAAACCGAGAAGAAUUUACCGAAGGAAACAAGGGAGGAAAGGGAAGAGAGGUUGCAGCGGGAGAAGAUUCGUGAGGAGCGACGUCGGGAGAGGGAGAGGGAAAGAAGGUUGGAGGCUAAAGACGCAGCAAUGGGAAAGAAGAGUAAGAUUACAAGAGACAGAGAUCGUGAUAUCAGCGAGAAGGUUGCACUUGGUAUGGCUUCGACCGGAGCAUGUCGAGAAGGGGAGGUUAUGUAUGACCAGAGGCUAUUUAACCAAGAUAAAGGAAUGGACUCCGGAUUUGCCAAUGACGAUCAAUACAACAUAUACGACAAGGGCCUAUUUACCGCUCAGCCUACUCUUUCAACCCUUUACCGACCUAAAAAGGACGCUGAUUCUGAUAUGUAUGGAGGUGCUGACGAACAGUUAGACAAGAUAACGAAAACCGAUCGCUUCAAACCAGACAAGAAGUUUUCAGGCACAGCGGAAAGGUCUGGACCUAGAGAUAGGCCAGUUGAGUUCGAGAGAGAGGUUGAAGAAGCCGAUCCAUUCGGACUCGAUCAGUUCUUGACAGAAGUGAAGAAAGGUAAGAAAACUAUGGAUAAAGUUGGCGCUGGUGGGACAAUGAGAGCUGGUGCAGGUUCAUCAAUGCGAGAUGGCUAUGAGGGUGGCGGCUCUGGUAGAACUCGCAUUGGAUUUGAAAGAGGCCAUUAAGGAUAAAACAAUUGUCUCAUGAAAAUGGUAGAUCUCCUUGCAAAUAAGAAGACCAAAUGGAGACCAGCAUGUGGUACCUAGACAACGACGCGAGCAACCACAUGAUCGAAGAUCAAGCAAAGUUCAAGGAGGUUGAUGAGAAUUUCAUUGGAAACAUGAAACUUUGUGAUGGAUCAAUUGUACCGAUCCAAGGCAAAGGAUUCAUCUUUUUCUAGUGUAAGAACAACGAUCUACGUCUAUUAGCCAAAACAUAUUACAUCUUGAGUUUGAAGUAUGAAUAUUAUUAGCCUUGAUCAAAUGACGGAAGAAGGU